AAUCAAAAACUGCUCGAUAACUUUCCACGAAUUCAGAAUGCAUUUCCGUUAAGGGACCAGCUGGUUAGAUUUUUCAGCAACUGACUUGAAAUCAAGAGGAUGAAGAUCAAUAAGGCCUGUGAUCUCAGCUCGAUUUCUGUUCUUCCUCCUCAAUCAAGAAGGAGAUCAGGCAUCUCAAGUAGUGUGCCAGAGAUGUCUUCGACUUUUAGGCACAACCAAGGACCAUCACAACAGCAGCAGCAACGGUCGCAGCAAUCACUUUCUCAGGGGUUUUCAUCUCAGCAUCAUGCCAUUUUCUCUCAGUUCUCACAGAAUUCUCAAGAUGAGACAUUGACGAACGACCAGUUAGUUGUUUCUCAAGAAAGGGAGAGUUCCUUGAAAAGGUUUUCAUCCUUACCCCCAGUCAAUCACACACGAGAAGAAGGUCAAAUGCCAUUAUCAAGAUCUUCCACAGGUUUAAUCCGUAAGUGGGGUUCUGCUAUUUCAGAGCAAAGAUGCCAGAUGGGUGAAGAAUUUGAGCACAGGAUAGGAACAAUAGAAAGUUCACUAAGCAGGUUUGGAUUGAUGUUAGAAUCUCUUCAGACGGAUAUAAUGCAAGUCAAUAAAGGAACAAAAGAACUAGCAAUGGAUAUGGAAAGCAUUCGCCAGAAGUUGAUUGCAAAUGAUAACACCUUCCAGAUGAUUAACAAGGGGCAAGAAGACCUGAAAUCUAGCCUUCAUGGAGACUUGAAGUUGAUUUCUGAUCAACUCAAUCAAGAUAGAUGUAACAAAAACUCACAGGAUAUUUCCAUCUUGCUCUCCAGUUUACAAGAAAAGAUUGGAGUGUUCAUAUCAAACUUGCGUAAUGAUCUCUCCAAGUCUUUCACUAACGAAAUGCAGGCAAUUGCAUGCAAGCUUAAAGCACUGGACCAAAAGAAUCCGUCACCCACCGUUCUCCUACCGAAGGCUGUCAGCUAUUGUGCCAAUCCUCUGGGAAAAGCCCCAAAGAUUCGAGUAGUGCCUCCCAAGAUAGAAAUGGGCACCUGGAACUCGGUAAAACGUGAACAUGUUACUCUCACAAAUAGAGAUUACAGCAAGGGACACAAACACAACAAAGUAUCUCAGACUGGACUGGACAGAGAAUGGAGAGUUGUCACUGAAUCUGAUGAAGAUAUUGCUGGAGGUUUCACAUUCUUGUCCGAGGAAAAGGGAACAGAUGUAGGAAUAUAUUCAAUCGAGAAAGCUAAGGAAGAAACUGAACGUAUUCUAAGGAAAGCAAGGAGAAGAAAGAGAAAACAGUGCAAUACUAUAAUUAUAAACUGAAGAUGCCUUGCAGGUAGAACUUGGAUGCACGAAUGCUCAUAUGAAUCGAUACAUUAGAGAACUAGCUUAUCUGUGAAUAGCCACUGAAUAUGGUAGCUUAAAGCUUACAUCAAAGGUUUCCAUCAUUUAAGGUGUUCAUGUAUAUGAUAUAUCAUUCACUUCUUUUCAAGUUUUAUUCUGGU